GGCGCAAUCGGUUAGCGCGUUCGGCUGUUAACCGAAAGGUUGGUGGUUCGAGCCCACCCAGGGACGGCCGAAUUGUUUUGUUUCCGGCUGUUUACAAAAAAGAAUUAUGUUAUUUGCGGGAUGACAAAGGAAAACGAUUUAGAAUAUCGUGAUCCUGUUUAUGUUGUUCAGAGCCAUUUAUAAGGGGGCCUUUCAUUGCUCCUUACGCCGGACCUUCCCAGUAAGGCUCCAGUGGAAGGACCCAUUUCGGGGUUGCACCAGCUUCCGGCCAAGAUGGCAACACUGGGAGUUUUGCGUCUUGGUGGAUUCGUAUCCGUUGUUUCCAGACCCAGUUCAAUCCUUGCUGGUCGUCUGCGGUGUCUCCAUCAAACCACAGUGACAGAAAAGGCAGAAAGCUCAACACAAGCCAAACAGACAAGCACUGAAGUAGCUGCCAAGAAAUUUUCACUUCCCAGCAAUAAAGGAGAGUAUGUCAUCACAAAGCUAGAUGAGCUGAUAAAUUGGGCCCGAAGGAGUUCUUUGUGGCCCAUGACCUUUGGGCUUGCCUGCUGUGCUGUCGAAAUGAUGCACAUGGCAGCGCCCAGAUAUGACAUGGACAGGUUCGGCAUCGUCUUCCGUGCUAGCCCUCGGCAGUCAGACGUCAUGAUCGUGGCUGGUACUCUCACAAACAAAAUGGCUCCAGCUCUUCGAAAGGUUUAUGAUCAGAUGCCUGAACCUCGCUACGUAGUCUCCAUGGGCAGCUGCGCAAAUGGUGGUGGUUAUUACCAUUACUCCUAUGCUGUGGUGAGGGGCUGUGACAGAAUUGUACCAGUAGAUAUUUAUGUCCCAGGCUGCCCACCUACAGCUGAAGCACUUCUGUAUGGAAUUCUGCAACUGCAGAAGAAAAUAAAGAGGGAAAGAAGAUUAAGCAUUUGGUAUCGGAAAUAAAUGGAUGUAUAAUUGCAACCAGUAUUUAUAAUGUGUGUGGGCCAUAAUGUGGUUCUUUGGUGGAGGAAUGAAUUCUUUGUUAUGUUAUGUAUGAAUGUAUCUUAUAAACUUUCAUUUAAAAAGUUGAAA